CUCUCUGUCUCUCUCUCUGUCUCUCUCUUUCUUUGUCACUUUCCCCCUCUUCUCCGUCCGCGCGUUGUUGCUUCGACGACCAUCGAUGUCAGGGGUCAGAUGAUGAAAAUUUCUUUUCUCCGCCUGGUAGCCAGGUGAGAGUAAAAACGUCAGCAUCUAUGAAGGACACGUGGGAUCAGCUAAGAUGAGACGCUUCGACGAUGUCCGUGGUACCCGUAAAACUGGAGCGUCGCCUCCAUUUCGUGUUCUCACGACACGAGAUUCUUCCUAUCUCGGCUCGUCGUCGUCGUCAUCGUCGAUCAUACCACAACCAAGAUCGACGACAUCACCAAAAAUACAACUACCAGCUCAACCACCAACACCGCCACCACCAACCGCACCAGAACCUUACAAAUUGGUGCCAGCUGGUACAGCCCUUGGUAGGGCCCAUCGUCGUUCCAGUUUCGUGAUAAUCGCUGAAAGUAGACCAGCCACACCGGAAUCAAGGAGUGUCUCGCCUACUCAACCACCAGGAAGAGUUUCACCGUUUCGAGGUCGUGGUUUCAAGGGUCCACCACCUAGAUCAAGACCAGAUUCACCGGAUGAUUAUCUCGAUCUAAGAAGAAGCCAUCGAAGAAACGUUCGAAAUGAUUCGAGAGCAUCUCAACAGAGCAGUCCGAGAAAGAGUUUGAUACCUCAACCAACCCGACGGCGAUCGGUUUCUCUUAGCAAAACAACAGAUGACAGAGUAUCGCCAAACAUUGGACGUCGAGGUGACAAGAAAAAUUGGUUGAGCGUUCAUGGCAGUAUCGAUAAUAUCAAUGAAGGACGUAGAAAUAAUCUUUUGAACGAUUCAUCCAGAUCGAGACGUGAUCGAGCAGUAAUCAGAACACCAUCGAAACUAUCACCGAUUCGUGGCACACCAACGAAAGUUGACAAAUCAAAUAUACGGGCAACAUCAACGAGAGAUCCUAAAAAUGUUAAAAAUCUUCAACGGAAUACAACGACGAUGGUCACGCCCGUUUCACGUUUCAUAUCACCACCGAAAAACAAUCAAAAAAGAGAGAGAUUCAUAACAACCGAUGACAACGUGACAUCCUCCAAAAUAUCUAGAAUACCUUUGAAAAACAAUGGAUCCAAAGUUUCGUCAAGUGUCAGCAUGCCCGAGAUGUCGAGAAACAAGGAAAUCAAUGAUAAUGAGAAAAACGGUCAAACAGAAGGUACGAUUAAUGUAAACAACAACGAACGAACAGGUAAUGGUAACGUAAACAAUCAAAUUGGUCUGGCGGAUCUUUUGAAAAGGACAUCUGGUGUAACUGGUACGUCAAGUGUCGUUAAUACGACAACGACUACAGCGGUGCAACCAUUACGUAUCGAUAAUUCAAGAAUUCCAAUAGAUGUGACGAAAAUCGAAGGACAGUUUGUCGACGUAUCAAGAAAAUCCGAAUCGUCCUUUUCGAAAAACGGGGAUACGAACGGUAAAUCGAGACUGUUAAGUGGCCAAAACCAUGAUGAUAAAAAUACGCGAAAAAGAAAUGCGGUUUAUAGUACACCAACGAAAACGAACAACGAACGUUAUUCAACAACGAACAAGGAAGGUGCUAGUGAUUCAUCGGGUAACUCGAACAAUGCCAUUAAAUCUCGUUUGAAUAGCGCACGAACUAAUAGGGGUUAUAAUCGUACAACCAGCCGUGAACGUUUCGACGUUUCGAAGGAGAACGACUCUGCUAGUUCGAAGGGUUCUAUUAUGAGAAAUUCAAAGAAUCCAAAGUCAAACAAACGAUCAAAUUUCGUCGACGAACUUUCACCGGUUUCGAAUAAUUCCAUGUUAGAAUACGGUACAAACGAAAUCGACAUCGUACAAAUAACCGAUUCGGAUAAAAACAUUAACGAUGGAAAAUCUAUAACAAGUAACGACGUUAUCGUCACGAAUACGAUCGGCGGUACGAUUAAUAAUAAAACGAUAGCCGAUGGUAACUCGUCUUCAUCGAGAUCUAACAAGGUUAUUGGAAAUAGAGUAAUAACUGAGGCAACCGUUGAAACUGAAACGAGGCAAAAUGUUAUUGACCAAGGGCAAAAUGUUUUGGUUUCGUCGAACGAAACGGAAAGAAUAUCUGGAACGAUGUCGUCAUUGAAAACAAACGCUAAAGGUAACGAGAUAAUAACUAAUACUAUGACGACUACAACGACAACAACGACUAUGUCACGAACCAAUGGCAUUUCUGUGAACUCCAUUGGUGAUUCUGGCGCAAUCGGGAACGUUCCUUUAAAAACUAUUCAUACACGAAAUAAUGAGAAUCAAGGAAAUGGAAAUACACCGAAAAGGUCAUUGACCCAACUUUCUACAGGGUCUAACGAUAGUGAACGAUCUACCGAUACCGGGGUCAGUGUUGAUACCGUCAAAGGAGUUUCCUCGCCAAGAGUGAAAAGGGGAAUGCAUGUGGUCAAACGACCGGAUGAGAUCGAGACGUUGAGCGGAAACGUGAUGAGACCGGAACAAAAUGGCGAACCAACGGCGUUGCAGACAGCAGGUGAACUCACCUCGGAGGAAGAUAGACCAAGUGCCGACAAGCCCCUUAGUCGAUGGAGAAGGACCUUGGGCCGUUAUUACGAACGUUUUCCAAGUAUGAAGUGUCUGGCCUGUCGACGUAAUUCUAAGAUCCUCUCGUGGUCUAGAAAGAGGGAAACGGUGGCUAUGGGAAACGAAACGGAAACGAGACACGACGUUGCUGAUGAGAUACCGAUCGAUUGUUGGUCCAGGUUCAAGAAAAGAUGCAGAUGUCCACGUCCUAAAGGAAUUAGAUGCUGUGCAAGAAGAGAUAGAGUCGCACCGGAUGAGCCUAAUAUUUGUUUUCCGCCGGAGAGAAGAUUAUCCGCCCUUUGCCAACGGCUUUUUGCCAGCUGCAAAUGUAAAUGUGCGGAUGUACAACGCACAAGAGAUAUACGUGCCAAGCCCAGUCUAACUAGUGUCGCGCCCCCUCCACUUUCUGAGGAGCCAAAGGCCAAGAUACCCGACGUUUUGGUGGAGCACAACUCUUUGAUGCGAGGUGCCAUUCCUUGUAUGCCAGUUCCACUAGCUUGGUUUUGUCUUAUAUGGAACGUCUUGCUACCUGGUACAGGCACAGUUUGGAGCGGACUAUUUAAUCUUUGCACUGGUCAGCCAAGAUUUUCAGCCGUGGCCGGUUUAAAGGCAAGAUUCGGUGCGUUUGUCGUUAAUCUUAUAGUAGGUGUGAGCCAAUUAUUCACAGUACUAUUUUGUCUUGUUGGAUGGGGUUGGAGCGUUUGGUGGGGUGUAACGAUGGUUCGUUUGGCAAGAAAGUACAAAAGAUAUAAAGCUUCUGAAGCUGCAAAUGGUGAUCCCGAAGCAAGAACAGGCGAAGGAUCUGGCAUAUCACCUGGACUACCCAGUCAAUCAUUGAGAGGAAUCGAAAGAGCACGUUGAACUAUCGAUUUAGUAACUUUUCCUGGCUUUACUUCCUCCAAACGUGAACGUUCGUUCUUUGAAAAAGAUCGAUUAAAUGGUAUAUAGUUUUU